UGUUCCAGGGCUUAUUUCCCUGGUGGGACUGCGGAGAUUCCGUCUUCUGCGCUUCUGGGCUUCCCCCAGAUUCGACGCCAUGUCGGGCAGCAAGCCCCAGAUGCUCAUGUGCUACCUUUGUGGCCGUGAGUUCGGCUCGCGGUCCUUGCCCAUCCACGUGCCGCAAUGUGAGAAGAAGUGGCUGGCGCAGGAGGCGCAGAAGCCUUUGGCUGAUCAGCGGCCGCUGCCGCCGCGGCCGGAGCGGCUGAACGCCAUGAUGACGACGGGUGCGUUGAGGGAUGAGGAACGCGCCGUCUUCAACGAGGAGAUGUACAACAAGUGGGAUGAAGAUGUCUUAGAGAAGUGCACCUAUUGUGGUCGAACCUUCACCCCCAGUGCCAUGAAAAGCCACGCCAAGAGCUGCACCCAGGAGAGUCCAGCCAAGCCAGCGGGCACAGGGCUGACGAAAGCCAGCUUGAGUAACACCAUCACACAUGGAAAGGUCUUUGGCACCAGACAUGUUGGAAGCCAAAACACCAACGUGGACAUGGAGGUCGACGUCGGCCGUCGGUCUCCGAUGCGGCAGACCUCGGGCAAGUUGUCCUUGACGAAAAGGCCCAGCAGUAAAGGCCCAAAGCAGGCCUCCACUAGCGGCUUGAUGACAACAGCCCCGAUGGUGCAAUCCGGACAUGGGCCUCUCCAGGUGGUCUACAAGCAGGAGGCUCCCAAGGCGGCCUUCGCACCGCCACCACGAGGUCCGGUGGUGCUCUACAGCGCGGUGGGCACACCUCCUGCGGGGGGCACCGUGGUCAACGCGCCGGCAAUGGUCUUGGCACCCACGGCCGUUCACUCCGCACUCACGCCUGCGCCUUUGCCGCAGCCGGUGCCGCUGCAGCCGGCCGUCGCCACGGCGACAGGGGUGAGUCCGGCGCCAGGCCGCGCGGUGACACCGCGGUCGCAGCCCAGUUGUGCACCCAAAGGAAAAACCUUCAACUUUUGCUCCGAAUGUGGCGCAAAGUUUCUGAACUCGGCCAAGUUCUGUCACGAAUGCGGCGUCUUGCGCCCCGGCUGUGAACCAAGCCAUAGCAAGUUUUGUCACCAUUGUGGCGCCAAAGGCGCCACCGUGAAGGUCCCGAGCCGCCGGUGAAACUGGAGCUGGUUUGUUGGAAAUGGGUCUUUCGCGACGUGGAAAUCUUCGUUUUUCUUUCUUUUGGGAAGACCAUGGACCGAUGAGGGGCGAAAGAAGGACAUGGUGACAUUCGGGAAGGACAUGGAUGAGCAGUGUUUUUCUUUUGAUUGGUUUCGGA